AGCAUCGCCAAUGUGUCUUAUGUUCGAAGAUCAAUUUGAAAAAUUCAAUCUUGCUCACUGGAAGCACGAGAUCACACUGAGUGGAGGUGGAAAUGGGGAAUUCCAAAGCUAUACCAACAACAGAACCAACAGCUUUGUGGAGGAUGGAGUUUUGUACUUAAAACCUACUUUCACAUCGGACACCAUAGGUGAAGACACAAUGAAAAGUGGUGGCAAAAUCAGUCUUUGGGGAAAUGAUGAAACGUCCUGCACAGAUAAUGCUGCUGGCGGUAAGCAUAGUGGCAAUUAUUUGAAUCCAAUUCAAUCAGCCAAAAUCAAGCUCGACAGGGCUUUUUCAGUUUCAUAUGGAAAGGUCGAAAUCAGCGCUCGUAUGCCGAAGGGAGAUUGGAUCUGGCCUGCUAUCUGGUUAAUGCCAAGGCAUUCCAUGUAUGGAGCCUGGCCAGCAAGCGGUAGGAUUGACAUCGUGGAAACUCGUGGAAAUGUCAACUAUACAUAUGGCAAUGUCACCUCUGCGGGUUCGACUCUUCAAUGGGGUCCUUCCAUGGACUUGAAUGCAUAUAUGGAUACACAUGUUGAAGUUUUGGUAGAUAGCGGCAAUUCGUUUGCUGAUAAAUUCCAUGUCUGGGGCUUAGAGUGGAAUAGCACAAGCUUGAGAACCUAUGUUGAUAAUACAACCUUGCUACAAGUUGCUUUUGAGAAGCCCUUCUGGGAGCGCCAUGCUUUCCCUGAAUGGGCAACUAACCCAUGGAAGGGAUCAGAAACAAGCGCACCAUUCGAUCAAGAAUUUGUUUUGAUUAUGAAUGUUGCUGUGGGAGGAACAAACGGAUACUUUCCCGAUGCUAAAAAUAAGCCAUGGAAGAAUGCAGACCCCCGAGCGGUUAACAAGUUUUGGGACAGAAGAAAGUACUGGAAAACUUCGUGGGGAUUCGGUAACCAAGCUGCACUUGCUAUAGACUCAGUAAAGAUUUGGACCAAGGAUCAGUCAAAAUGUUUAAAAUAAGUCUUUCAUAUUAAUUCUCCACUACUAUAAAUGGUAUCAGCAACAGAUCAAGAGUAUCUGCCAUCAUAAACGCA